UGCCGCGCCCCUGCCGCUCCGCCCGGCGCCGCCGGGGGAUGCUGGCGGCCGCGCUGCCCAGGUGCGGCACCGCGGGGGCCGUGCCGGCGAGGGAAGGCGCCGGGCCGAGCCCGCAGCCCCGCUCGCGGUGUGCCGGCAGCGCGGGCCAUGAGCCGGGCCGAGGCCGAGCCCUGCUCCCGGGCGCUGGCGCAGGCCCGCGUCUACCUGGGGCAGCUGCGGGCCCGCGUGGGGCCGGCGGGGCCCGAGGGCGGCGGGCGCCGCGAUUACCUGGUGGAGGCGGCGCGGCAGCUGCGCCUGGCGCUGGAGCGGGACGUCAGCGAGGACUACGAGGAGGCCUUCAACCACUACCAGAACGGCGUGGACGUGCUGCUCCGCGGCGUGCAGGUUGACCCCAACAAGGAGCGUCGGGAGGCCGUGAAGAGGAAGAUCACCCAGUACCUGCGGCGCGCCGAGGAAAUCUUCAUCUGCCACCUGCAGCGGGCGGCGGGGGGCGGCAGCUCCAUCGGCUCGGGCUACAGCAGCCUGCGCUUCCGGCCGAUCAGGACAUUGAGCUCAGCAGUGGAGAACCUGAGACGGUGUAAGGUUGUGGGAGUGAUUGAUAAGGUGCAGAUUGUCCAGGAUCCAGCCACUGGUGAGACCUUUAUACUUAAGAGCCUCCCCAAAUCCCACGUUGAGACACGUGAGCGACAGACCAUCAUCCCUCAUGGGGUCCCCUUCAUGGUCAAGCUGUUGUGCUACUAUGUGAGUGAGGACUCCAUCUUUCUCCAUCUGGAGCACGUGCAGGGGGAGACACUGUGGUCUCACCUCCGCUCCAAGUACUGUGUACAGCAGGACUGUGCCGAUUCAAACACCACGCAAGCUCUGAGGGACCACGGCACAGAGGAUGGUGUGGGAAACUCCCAGGAUGGCAGCCAAGUACCCAUCCCCCCUGUUUGGAUAGGCAGUGGCCUCCUGGGCUCUAUGAAUUGUGGAGUAUUGGGAAACACUGAUGCCUCACUACCUCACGAGCAGUCCCCUGGUCCCACAGACUCUGGUGCAGGGACCCACUGCCAGCUUCUCCUGGCUCCUGCUGGGGGCAGGGGAGCUGCACCUGCAGGACAGGAUCUGAGUGUGACACAGACUGUGCCUGGUGUUGUGGACCAUUUUCCAGCAGUGUCAGCCAAAUGCCCUGGCCACCCUGCCAGCCAGGGCCUGGUUGUCUACCCAUGGAAUGAUCUUACCAGCAGCACAGGCUGUACAUCUGAGAGAACAGCCUCCCAACAAGGCCCCAGGCUUCCCCAGGGGCUUGUCCCUGGACCAAAGACUGUGAGAGGGGGCCAGCCAGGAGCAGGGCAACUGCCAGCUCAGAAAGUGCCUGAGGCUUCCCAGGCUCAGCCCCUUCUGACCUUGGGUGAGAGGCAGCUUUCUGCAGGAGUUACCCUGUCCAGCUCUGGAAAACCCAGUGUGCCUGACCCAGCCAUGAGGGAGCCCUCGUGGGGAGCAAGCCCGACCUGUGGCUGGCUCAGCAAAGAGCCCCCCUCAGGACAGUGCAGGGCUUUGGCUUCCCACGGGCACAACCGGAGAGCGUGGGCUGUAAAUGAAGAGCAGGUGCAGCUGUGGGCAGCCGAAAUCCUGCUGGCCUUGGAGGGACUUCACCAACAGGGUGUAUUGUGCCGGGACCUCAACCCCAGGAACCUGCUGCUUGAUACAGCAGGUCAUGUCCGUCUCACCUUCUUUGGCCAGUGGACAGAGGUGGAGCCCCACUACAGCAGCCAGGCACGGGAAGAGCUGUACAGUGCUCCAGAAGUGGGGGGGAUCGUGGAGCCCACUGAAGCAGCUGACUGCUGGAGCUUUGGCUCUCUCUUGUACGAGUUGCUGACAGGAGUGCCACUCUCCCAAAACCAUCCAUCAGGGAUUCAGCCUCACACCCAGCUGCAUCUGCCAGAGGGCCUCAGCCUGGCUGCUACUUCACUGCUCACCGAGCUCCUGCAGUACAAUCCAAAACGGCGCUUGGGCUCUGGAGGAGGUGGCAUAACAAAGCUGAAGUCUCACUCUUUCUUCAGCACAGUCCCAUGGAGCAAGCUGGUGGGCUAGGCAGGCUGUCCUUCCCGCAGGGAGCUGGGCCCUGGGCUGCUUCCCUGGCACCUGUGACCCCAGGUGGCACAGGCAGCACUGCCUGCUGGGGAAGGCUUGCCUCAAGGGCUGCCCUGAGGUGCGGUACACAUGAGGUUUUGCAGCCUUUGUGUCCUUCUGUCUCUGCUUCUGUUUCGUUGGCAUCUCCAAAGAGGAGGCGUCAGGCUGGGCCAGGCUGUCUUCUCCAGGUCCUCCCUGGUGGGAAAAGGAACCUGGGUGCCCACCUCCAGGAAGAGGUGGUGUUCCCCUUCUUGGGGCAUCCUUUCCUCAGCUCCGCAUGGUGCCCUGGAACUCCCUCCCUGUGUUUUUUAUCUCUGCUGCUACCAUCGUGACUUCCCUGCUGUUACUUUUUGUGGCUUUCAAGUGCAGCCCCUCUGGGCCCUGCUGGCUGGAGCCCAAGCCCGUGGUCUCUGCCCCUCCCUGACUGCAUGUGUGUAUGUGGGUCAUCCCUACUGCAGGGGUGAGACAAGGCACCCUCUGAUCUUCUCCCCCUUGCCCUCUGAAAAAAUAAACUACUCAGUAUCAC